UAUGGCCGCCAGUGUUUGGUUGCCGUGCCCGCUCACUAAUUAUUUAAAUAAUUUUGGUGAAUGUGCGGGCGUACGCUGAGAUAAAUAAUUCGGCAAAAUGAAUAUGUCGGUGGAGAAAAAGAAAUACCCUUCGGCGCUGCCAACAAAUUGGCCGACUAGGGAUGAGACGUCGAGAAAAAGUCAAAAUCAAUUGUCAUCCACUGGAAAGGUUGACGUUUACUAUUACAGUCGUGGUGUCAGAAACGAUGCAUCGCUAGUACCACCAAUAAGACAAACAGCUUCUAUAUUCAAACAACCAGUAACCAUUUACAAAAUGCAGGAGGGAAAAGUGAAAGAUAUCAAACAUGGGAAUCAAGAAAAACCAAAACAGGAAGGAGCCGAUAAAACUGAAGGCAAAUACGGCUCCCAAGAUAAGCCUAAACAGUUAUUUUGGGAAAAACGUUUAGAAGGUUUGAGGGCGUGCGAUCCUGGCGGUUUCGAAUUCGAUGCAAUGGAUUUACCAAGAAGCUUGAAGCCCGUGGGUCCUUAUAUUACGGAAGAAACGUUGCUUCAGAGCGUUGCAACCGCUUUACACGUUUCGUCUCAGCCAGUCACAGGACAAACUGGUUCGAAGACAGCUUUGGAGAAGAAUCCCGGGGUAUUUCUUAAUCCCGAUCAACCCCUCGUACAGGCAGUCUCGAUAGCCGAUGAAGAUAUUAAAAGACAGGAAGACCGCGUGGCUCUCGCGAGAAAAAAACUCCAAGAUGCUUUACGAGGAAUGCCUACCUAAAUUGUACAAUUUUUUUUAGCUAUAUUUUAAUUCGUUUAGCACUAAUCUUAAGUUCGUCAUUAACGGUUUUUAUAUAAUAAAUGUUUUGUAAAGAAAAGAAAGUAAAAAUGUAUCAUAUGAUGCGUAAUUUAUAAAAC